AUGCGUCUUUCAAUUGGAUUCGCUCUUGUUUUUGCUGCAAUUGCUUUCGUACAAGGCAAACCGUUGUUCAAUCAACUUGUUACUCAAAUUAAUCUUCCUAAUCAGCUCAACGGUAUCCAAGACUUCCUCGGUCAAUAUCAAAGCGUACUCAGCCAACUCCAAGGUUUGGUCAGCGGUGUUUCACCAGCUCAGUUGCAAGCACUCGUUCAACAGGUUGCCGGCAAUGUCUCACCUGCUCAGUUACAAUCAAUUGUUCAACAAGCUGCUCAACUUGCUCAAAGUGUUCUCAGCGGGCAAGUCGAUGUGAACACAGCUCUCAGUCAAGUAUCGGACUUCGUUCAACAACUGCUUAACGGUAGCGCCGGUCUAACGCGUCCAGCCAAUGUUAAAGGUUUUCCAUUUAAUGGCGUUCAAGGUCUUCUUAACCAAUACGGAAACGUACUCAGUCAACUCCAAGGUCUGGUCAGCGGUGUUUCACCAGCUCAGUUGCAAGCACUCGUUCAACAGGUUGCCGGCAAUGUCUCACCUGCUCAGUUACAAUCAAUUGUUCAACAAGCUGUUCAGCUUGCUCAAAGUGUUCUCAGCGGGCAAGUCGAUGUGAACACAGCUCUCAGUCAAGUAUCGGACUUCGUUCAACAGCUGCUUAACGGUAGCGCCGGUCUAACGCGUCCAGCCAAUGUUAAAGGUUUUCCAUUUAAUGGCGUUCAAGGUCUUCUUAACCAAUAUGGAAAUGUACUCAGCCAACUCCAAGGUCUCGGUCAACAAGUUGCUAACACUCUUUCACAAGCUCAAUUACAAUCACUCGGUCAACAGGUGUCUCAACUCGCUCAAAGCGUUGUCACUGGUCAAGUUGGUGCGAGCGCAGCUGCAAGCCAAUUGUUGGCUUUAGUUCAGCAAUAUCUCGGCUCUAACACUCAACUAUACAAUGCUGCCCAACAAUUGCUUAGCGUAGUUCAAGGAAAUUGA